AUGGUGGCCCACCACAUGUUGAAGGCCUCUGACCAAGCCCACAAAUUGAUUGGUAAUGAGUUUCUCCAGUUGCAGAUAGGCCUCUGGAACCGGGACAACCCAAACUGUUGCCUUGGGGUCUUCUUCUCAUCAGGCCCCAGAGCCUAUACCUCUCCAGACCCCUCCCCUCUUUCUGUGUCAGCUGCAGGUCGCUCUAAAUGCACUGCUUUGGCGCCAACCUUUACCCCUCCUAUUGCGUGUUCUAAUAUUGCUACAUACAGACCUCCAAGUCCUUCAUCUCCUCCAGGAACACCUGAUCAAGCAUCAGUUCUCCCUCUAAGGGAAGUGGCUGGGGAUGAUGGUCUCGUCAGGAAUGAUGUCCUUCUCUGUAACCCCUCUCUAGAGAUUAUUAGCCAAGCUGACACCUCUGCUUUUCUAAAUUACCUUCCAAGCUGCCCCUGUUGCUUUUCACUGCUUGCUGCAGCCGUCAUCCACCCCACCUUGUUCUUCUGCAUCACAGUUGUUGGCGAGCCCUUUGGCUGCAUCUCCAUUGAGCAGUUUGCAGACAAAGUUCCAAAGACAGCAGAAAACAUUCGUGCUCUGAGCACUGGAGAGAAAGGAUUUGGCUACAAGGGUUUCACCUUUCAUAGAAUUAUUCCAGGAUUCAUGUGCCAGGGUUGUGAUGUCACAUGCCAUAAUGGCACUGGCAGCAGGUCCAUCUAUGGAGAGAGAUUUGAGGAUGAGAGCUUUAUCCUGAAACAUACAGGUCCUGGCAUCUUGUCCAUGGCAAAUGCUGGACCAGACACAAAUAGUUCCCUGUUUUUUUAUCUGUACUGCCAAGCUGAAUGGCUAGAUGGCAAGUAUGUGGUCUUUGGAAAGGUAAAAGAAGGCAUGAACAUUGUGGAAGUCACGGAGUGUUUUGGGUCCAGUAAUGGUAAAACCAGCAAGAAGGUUACCAUUUCUGACUGCGGACAACUCUAA